CAAUGGCCAAGAUUUUUCAUUUCAUGUCUCUCAAAAAGUAGCUCUCUCAGGAGUGAUAAAUACACACAUAGCCAUAAUUUGAAUCACACAAACAAACAAAGACAUUAGAAUCUCGUAUCUUUGCUUUUCUCUCUUCUCUUUUUCCCUCUCCUCUUCAACUUGUAGUCUUGGUUUUUCUUCAAAGCUAAAUAUGUUCCCUGCACUUAUGUCCAAUUCCACUUCUUUCUCUCAAGAAACCACUCUCUCUUCUAAUACUCUUCCUAGAUUAAACCACGUAGUUUCAACCAUAAAUUCUUCACAACAACCUCAAAAGACCAAGAAAAAAAGAAACCUCCCUGGUAAUCCAGAUCCUGAUGCUGAAGUGAUAGCUUUAUCACCAAGGACAUUAUUAGCAACAAAUAGAUUUGUGUGUGAGAUCUGCAACAAGGGUUUUCAGAGAGAUCAAAACCUUCAACUACAUAGGAGAGGACAUAACCUACCAUGGAAGUUGAAACAAAGGAACAACAAAGAUGUUAUUAAAAAGAGAGCUUAUGUUUGUCCAGAACCUUCAUGUGUUCAUCAUAACCCUUCAAGGGCUCUUGGAGAUCUUACAGGAAUUAAGAAACAUUUUUCUAGAAAACAUGGUGAGAAGAAAUGGAAAUGUGAUAAGUGCUCAAAGAUUUAUGCUGUUCACUCUGAUUGGAAAGCUCAUUCUAAAACCUGUGGUACUAGAGAAUAUAAAUGUGAUUGUGGUACCCUUUUUUCCAGGAAGGACAGCUUCAUAACCCACAGAGCAUUUUGUGAUGCAUUGGCUGAAGAAAGUGCAAGAAUGUCAGCAAAUAUCCAAUUAUCCACCACAAACCCACUAUCCCAAUCUCUCUUUCUCUUCCCAAAUCAACAAAGCCAAAUCACAUGGGACCCACCUCAACAAAACCCUAACCCUAAUACUCACACAUCAUCCCUACCACACCAUAACAUGAUCAAGCAUGAAUCACAUCAAAACUUUCACAACAGCAACCUCUCUUCUUCUCCUCUUCCCUCAUUUCUUCAUGAUCACCCUAACAACCCUAAUUAUAAGACCAAUAUCAUGAUGACAUCAUCACCCUUCCACGUCAGCACACAACAACCUUCCUCCACUUCUGCCAUGUCACCACACCUCUCAGCAACGGCACUUCUCCAGCAAGCAGCCACGGUCGGAGCCACCGCCAUCACAGGCGGCCAACCGGUUCAUCUGCCACGUCAGCUCAGCAUGAGCGAGUUUGGAUCGGUGACUCAGAUUGACUCGGUUGAUCACUACAUUAACAACAUGAGAGACCGGAAUCUUAAGAAUGACGAUCUUACUAGGGACUUUCUUGGCCUUACUAAUGGCGGAGGAAAUGGUGGUGCUGUUGACGUUACCAUCGACAUGAAGGAUAUGCUAACAUUCACUGGAGGUUUAGAGUAUCACGGCCACCAACCUCAUGAAAACAUGACGAUGUUCAGGCAGUCACAACAACAAGGUUUUGGUUUUCUUGGGACAACAGCAACUGUUCCCGAGUCAUGGGGGAAUUGUUAGACACAACCAAGGGUAUCAUUGACACUAAUCCCCCGGAUUUAAAUGAGUAGCAAACUUGAGUUUUAAAGUUGCUGCAUGCUUAAGUCAAGAUGGAACCCAGGACAUUAGAAGAGACUCGCGACAUCUCAUCCUAUCGUUUUUGGAUACUUUUGCCUUAUUUCUCUUCCCAUUGUUAUCAAUUGUACUCAUAUUUUAAAUUUGUUUAUUUUGUUCUUUUCAAUUUAAACUAUAUGUUUGAUUUCAGUUUCAUGAAUGAAUCUUUAGUUUUCACACGUACUAUAUUACUGUUCCUUCCUUAUAUGUUGUCGUUGUUUACUAUUUUUGCUUUC